CAGGUUACUAAGGAGCAAUAAAAUGGCGGAGAAAGAAGAAUUAUAAGAACUUUAAUCGUGCUCUUUCUAGCUGCAAAUGAUGUUAAGGUUCUGGAGAUCUGGAGUAUUUCCGGCUUUCAAGCAGAUAUUGUUGCUAGAGAAUCAGCCUUUUCCUCGUCAAAGGUCCACGUUUACGAUAACUACUCGCGCAGUUACUAGGAACCUGUCUUCUUUUCGAGAAAGGAAGAGAUUUUACAAAAAAGCUGGAAUAGAAGAAACUGAAGGUGGUUAUCAGAUUACAGUGGACAGCAAAAAGGUGAAAACACCAGCAGGAAAACCUUUAGUUGUUCCCAACAAAACCCUGGCCAUGGCAGUAUCUGUAGAGUGGAAUUCACAGGUUGAAACCAUCAAACCAGCAAACAUGCAUCUGACAUCACUUAGCAACACUGUGAUUGACAAUCCUAGAACCAGAACCCAUGAUGAGCAAGUCUUGCAUAUUUUAGAAUUUUUGAGCUCAGAUGGUAUAUGCUUUUAUGCAGAUGAACCUGAAGAGUUGGUAAACCUACAGGAAAAAGAAUGGCAACCUAUUUUGCAAUGGUUUAAUAACAAUUAUGGAGUGUCUGUUGAGCCAAGUCAUGGUCUCCUUACAGUGGCCAUACCAGAUGAUGCCGCAGAACGACUCAAGACCCAUCUGACACCUCUAGACACCUGGUCCCUCACUGGUCUUGAGUUUGCAGUGGAAACAUUAAAGUCUUUCAUUCUAUCAAUGGCACUCAUAGACAAUCAUCUCACAGUCGAAACAGCUGUUCAUCUUUCCAGACUGGAGCUGGAAUUUCAGAUAAGCCGGUGGGGCAGCGUGGAAUGGGCUCAUGAUCUGGAGCUAAUGGAGACUAGGAGCAGAGUGGCUGCCGCCGCUUUAUUUUACAGUCUGAACAACACAGACAGAAUUUCAUCUUUAUCAAGUUCUUAAUCGCGUCACUGAGGGGUGUAGCGAGCUUUUUUAAGAAUGGUAGGCCUGGAACGGCGCAGCCGAAAAUUUAAAGGCACUUUUAUGGUGAUCCGGGGGGGUACCCUCCUGGGAAAGUUUUCAGAUAAUUAAUGAUCUUUUUCAAUAUCUUCUUCAUUUUUCUCUUGCUUUUACUACGACUCGAAAACAUCUCUCAGAACAGAAAAUGUCAAAUCUGCGCUGAUUGCGCUCGAUUGGCGACCGCGGUGUAAGGCUGACGAGUUUUGACCAGCUUGAUGAACCUGGCAUCGGCGAGACAGGGUAGUUACAAGAAUUACUAAACAAUACUCAUUGAAACUUUUGUAUUUGACAUACAAACUUGAAAACCCAUCAGCGAAUUGUAUUUCCUGCAUUUUAAAAGGACAAGAUAGCGGACUGAAAGAUUUGCAAAGGCUAGCCUAGGGACCUGAACAUUACCUACGACCCCGAGAAUUUCUAUGUACAAAAUUAUCACAUUUAACUUAACUCCUUUGUCAUGACUUACUUAUUUUUUUUAUUAAUUAUUCAUUUCUGACACGUAAAAUUAAUAUUACGACAUAACAAUUACAAACAACUUAACCUCACUAUACAAUUACAAUAUUAUUCAUAACUGAAACUCAAAAGUAACAACUAGACAAUACUGCAUUAUCACUACAGUACGUAAUCAAGGAGGAUAAAACUAAAUUAUACAACACAUAGAGGUAUGCAUGCAAACGACUGAGCCAAAUUAUGGCAAAAGCCUCUCCCAUUUCUCAUAAUGUUUUGUUAAUGUGUUCCGCCUUGUGGCUAUCUUUAUUUUCUACUUCAUAACCAGCCCUAAUCUUGGUCUUAUAAACUCGUAAUGAGGGAUUCACGUGGUUCAAUUUACACUGUCUUAUAGAUUUAAUAUUUAGAUUAGCUAUCAGUGUAAAACGGUUCAACAUAAUCCAAUCUUCUUCCAUAUCGAAAACUACAAAGAAAGUGUCCAUUAUAGAAAAAGGGUGAGAGGUGAUGUUACAUGUACCAAACCAGGAACAGAAGAAGGCUUCCCAGAAAGUCUUUGUCACGUCACAGUAGUAAAGUAAAUGUUCGAAGGGUUCGACUUCUCGUUUACAAAAAGAGCAUAAAGGCGAAUCCGUCAUUUUGAACUUGAACAUCUUUUCAUUUGUAAAUACUGUAGUUAUUUAACACAUUAUACUGAAAUUCUCUAGUUUUAGUUUUAAUCGUUACUUUAAGGUUAGGGCAAAGAGUAAAUUUUCUUCCAGUGAAACGAAAAUGUGAAAAUUUUUUUGGCCCGUUCGAGGAACUUGUUUUCUACUCUUAAACGCCAUAUAAAGUAAUUUGGAUGAGACCUUUGACAAAGCUACCUCAAAAUUAUCCAAAUUAAAUAAAUUGUAUCACCAAUAUAAUGA